GGGAGGUGGCGCGGCCGGGCUCAGCUGCUGGGCGAAGGCGGCGGAGAGGCCUACGGCGGCUGGGAGCGGCUGGGCCGGGAGCGGGCGCUGGAGCCGAGCCGAGCCGAAACUGACGGCGCAGGCCGGCGUGGCGAGCAGCAACCAUGUCGGUGUUCGGGAAGCUGUUUGGGGCGGGAGGGGGUAAGGCUGGCAAGGGCGGCCCGACCCCCCAGGAGGCCAUCCAGCGGCUGCGGGACACGGAGGAGAUGCUAAGUAAGAAACAAGAAUUCCUGGAGAAGAAGAUCGAGCAGGAGCUGACGGCAGCCAAGAAGCACGGCACCAAAAACAAGCGCGCGGCCCUCCAGGCACUGAAGCGCAAGAAGAGGUACGAGAAGCAGCUGGCGCAGAUUGACGGCACACUAUCAACCAUCGAGUUCCAGCGAGAGGCUUUGGAGAAUGCCAACACCAACACCGAGGUGCUCAAGAACAUGGGCUAUGCCGCCAAGGCUAUGAAAGCUGCCCACGACAACAUGGACAUCGAUAAAGUUGAUGAGUUAAUGCAGGACAUUGCUGACCAGCAAGAACUCGCAGAGGAGAUUUCAACAGCUAUUUCAAAACCUGUAGGGUUUGGAGAAGAAUUUGAUGAGGAUGAGCUCAUGGCAGAAUUAGAAGAACUAGAACAAGAGGAACUAGAUAAGAAUUUGCUGGAAAUCAGUGGACCUGAAACAGUCCCUCUACCAAAUGUUCCCUCUAUAGCUAUACCAUCAAAACCCACCAAGAAGAAGGAAGAGGAAGACGAAGACAUAAAGGAAUUGGAGAACUGGGCCGGAACCAUGUAAUUAACUGGAACCAGUUAAUUAACUGGUCCAGUGCAAGCUGGACCCAGACAGACUCUGUUGGCCUGCAAGUGGGCAGGCGUGUGUGUGUGUGCAGGGACGGCAGGACGUGGUGCAGGCAGGUUCCAUCGCUCUCGAAUCCCCCUCCAAAGCAGUAGGGCCGCAUCACUGCUCACUCUGCAUAGCAUGGUCUGCACCCAGCGGGGCGGGCGGGGGGUGGGGGUGGGGAUGGGGUGGGAGGUGCCUGCUGUUUAUAAUGUUGAAUUUCUGUAAAAUAAACUGUAUUUGCAAAUCCAACAUUGAGCUUCUGGACUACGCUAACUCCACUGCUGAACCUCAAUGGAAAGGGUCGACCGUUUGCAAGUUGAAAUGAUCUGAAAAUGUAGCCUCUGUCCUUUUAAGUCAGUUGACUUGUCGCACAUCUCUUUGUAAGACUUGUAUGGUACUGGCAGAAAAGUCGUUUUUUAAAAGCCAUAGGCUUUUCCUUGUCCUUAGCUGUAAUAAUGCAUCUGAUCUUGGUUUCCUUGAGAGCUGUAUUUCUGUCCACCUGUGUACUGGCCCCUGUGUUUCCAAUUUUAGCCCACUCCUUACUUCCACUCCCCUGGUCUUCUGGAGUUUGUGACGCUGAUUUGAAAUGGAUGAUGUUCUCUUGAGAGCAGGUGAGAUUGUUAGAGUUAAAUUCCAGCUAUAUGUUUUUCUAACAUAGCUCUAAGGUCCUUGUUGCUGUUUGUGAUAACUGAUAGAAAACUCAUUGGAAACAUGUGCAUACAUUUAUAUUCAGAUAAAAUUAUGGUUUGCACUGUCUAUUAAAUAUCUCGAUUAAUUUUCA